CGCUGACGGCGCAGCUACGGAAGCCGCCGCGUUUGCGCAACAGGGCAGCCAGCGAGCUUCCUGAAAAUGGCCAGCUGGGGAAAGUUCGCCGUCGCCUUCCGGAGCCUGGCCCGGAGCGCCCGGGUUCCGAAGACCAACGCCGCGUUCCGCGCGGUCGGUCCCGCUGUUCUGGGCUCCGUCGUCGGAACCGGGGCUCUCUGCUACUACCUGUGCCACCAUGAAGACGUCAGGACUUCACCCUUCGCUGUUCUUGCAGAGGGAGAAAAGGAACCUGCAGCUCCUCAGCUGUCUGCCAGAAAGGUACGUUUCAUCCAGUUUGCCUCAGUGACGUACGACAUGGAGCCCUACAUGACCCCCAGGGACUUCCUGUUCUCUGUCAUGCUGGAACAAGUAGAUCGGAAGCUCCAAAAGAGAAUCUUAACAACCGAGGACGUGAACAAGAUGCUGGCGGUUGCCUCUAGAGCUCGUCCCAGCAGCGAGUUGUUCAGAAACCUGGGAGACAACGGUUUAAUAUCCUACACAGAGUAUCUCUUCCUGCUGACCAUCCUGACCAAGCCGCUGACCGGCUUUCACAUCGCUUUCCAGAUGCUGGAUGUGGACGGCAACGAGCAAGUGGACAGAAAAGAGUUUCUCACGCUCAAGAACAUCAUCGGCAAGAGCAAACCGAAGCGUCUGAAGGACGUGGCAGAGAAAUCGGCAGAGGAAGCGGCGGUGGUGAACACGUCCCUUCAGGCGUACUUCUUUGGAAAGAGAGGAGACAACAAGCUGAAGUACCAGGAGUUCCGCAGAUUCAUGGAGGACCUGCAAGCUGAGGUCCAGGAGAUGGAGUUCCUGCAGUUCUCCAGAGGCAUGGACACCAUGAGGAGGGAGGACUUCGCCGAGUGGCUGCUGCACUACACCAACGAAGAAGACAACGAAGUCUACUGGGAGAACAUGAGGAAGAAGAUCCCUGCCGGUCAGAGCAUCACAUUCGAGGAAUUCAAAGCCUUCUGCCUGUUCACCAACAACCUGGAGGACUUCGCCUUCUCGAUGAAGAUGGUCUCCGAGGCCAACCGUCCUGUGGGGAUGGACCAGUUCAAGCGAGCCGUGAAGAUCGCCACGGGCCACGAGCUGUCGGAGAACGUCCUGGACACGGUGUUCAAACUCUUCGACAUGGACGGAGACAACCGCCUGAGUCACAAGGAGUUCAUGGGAGUCAUGACGGACAGAAUGCUGCGGGGUCUGAAGGUGCAGCACCAAACCGGCAUCUCUGGCUACUGGAAGUGCGUGAAGAGAGAGACCCUGAAAGGGGCCAAGGAGGCCCUGGGAGACAACAGCUGCCCCAUCUGACACGUCCGCCACUGCAUAUAGUUAUGUUUUAUAUUAUUAAACAAACGGUGUGAGUGGGAGUCUACAUCUAUGCACAUAAAAAUAUAGGAUAAUACCACUGCCUUAUCUGGACUCUGUGGAGCUCGUUUCUGUCAUCACAGAGAAAAAUCAAUGCCCAAGAAAAAAAGAAAAUGACAAGAACUCAUAGUUUUGACUUUCAUGAUUAUGAGAAUCAGUCAUAUAAAGACAAUUAUGAGAUGUAAAGUCAUAAUUAUGUGAUACUGGAGCAAGCCUCCUUUGAGAAACAGCACGACUAUCGAGCUCACAAUUUGAACGUCUUAUUUUGAAAGUUGAAACUCUUAACUUUGACUCAUAAUUAUGAAGUUGAAAGUAGAAACUCCGAUUUUUCGACUUCCUGUUGGGCUUUGAAAUUUCUUUCAUGGCAGGAAUGAGCUUCCGUAGGAAAAAACGCCUUCACGCUCCAGCUAAAGUGUAACAUUUUGUCAUUUACAAGCGUUUCCACUGAUCACUUUUGCAUUCAGGAUAUAUACAUAUAUAUACGUUUGUACUCUCUGUAUUUGAAACGAGUGCAUGUUUACAGGGCCGGGGGAUUUUCAUGUUUCUCAUCGACGUUCAAAUAAAGCUUCCCCAGAAAUCCA